AUGUCUAAAUUAGACAGAUUCUUGUUGGCUUCGGAAUGGCUGGAUGUCUUUCCACUAACCUCAGUCAAAGCUUUGGUUGGUCACCUCCCCAGUUUUUUGGAUGCAUGGUCUCUUAGGUCUGGGCUGAGACCUUUUAGAUUUGAUGCUAGGUGGCUAGAUAAUUUAGAGGUGGUUGAGCUUAUUAAGAGAACCUGGCUUAAUUUUGUGGGGAUGGGUUCUAUGGAUUUUCAAUUACACAAAAAAUUGAUAAGCGUCAAACAAAAAUUGAUUGGUUGGAAAAAAGAUAAUAAAUUCGAUCUUAAGGGUAAGAUUGAAGGGGUUCUAACUGAUAUUGAAUUAUUGGAUCUUACUGCUCAGUCAUAUGGAGUUCUAAUUGAGCAGGUGGUGGUGAAACGUGGGGUUAAACUGAAGGAGUUAGAGGAUUUGCGAAGGUCUGAAGAAAUUUAUUGGAAGCAAAGAUAUAGGAAUAAAUGGUUGAAGGAAGGUGACCUAAACACUAAAUUUUUCCAUACCAUUGCUAGUACCAGAAGAAGACAUAAUGAUAUUUCGGGUCUGAAUAUCCUUGGGUUAGACCUGAGGAAUCCAACAUUGGGUUAG